GGUAACGAACUUCCGAAUGGCACUUAAUAAAACAAACCAUCAAACUUGAGAAUAAAACCUUUAAAUUUCCAACAAUCCAUGAUCUUCUCUCUUCCCUCUUCAUUGCUUAAACUUGUCUCGUUUUCCUCUUUUUUCUUUAGUUCUCCAACAAUGGCUUCUCUCAAAAUUUCCCUCUUCCUACUCCUCCUUGUUUACCCCAUUUUCUUCCUUUCUCGACCUGCACUCUGUGAUGACGAAGACAACCUUUUACAAGGAAUCAAUAGUUACCGUCAAUCUCUGAGUCGUCCGGCGCUCACAAAGAAUAAGAACGCCGACUGUGUCGCCGACGAACUGGCCGAGGGCUUAGAUGAUCAGUCCUGUGACGCCGCGGCUGUCCCUUCCCAGGGCACCUUAGCCACCCUAGCCAACUACCCCAAGGUGGCCUCCAAGUGCAACAUAAACAUCAACACCACCACGGACGGGAUCAUUAUGCCCGUCUGCGUCCACAAACUUGUCCCUACCCUGGUCCUCACCAAUUACACCCGCACCUACUACGCCAAGUACUUAAAUGCCUCCAAGUUCACCGGCGUGGGGGUCGGAUCCAAGGAUGACUGGACGGUGGUGGUUCUGACCAGUAACACGCUGGCUGGGAGCUUUGUUAGCGGAGCUUGGAAGGUCGCGGAGAAGAUUGUUGGUCUGGGGGUUGUGGUGGUCUUGGGGUGGUUUAUAUGGACUGUGUAGUGAUCGAUAAUUUAAGAUCCGUUUUCUACUAGCAUGUUUAUGUUUUUGGAUUGGUUUUUGAUUAAUGUACUGUAUUUGGUUGUCAUGCUGUAUUAUGUUUGUAUUGAUGAUUUCUUGUCUGAUUAUUAUUAUAUAUAUUGGUGUUAAAUGGAUAAAGACAUUAUUUGAUA